CACAACAACCGUCCCAAAACUUGGCAUCUUGACAAUUUUCAAAUGCAUUUUGUAUAGACUAAGGCGAAUUCUAUCAAUAGUUAUUCGUAUAAAUAGUACACUCUUUUACGGUCGUUCCAUCUUUAUUGUCAUUUUUGAUACACUCUGACAUUCUUUUCUUAAGCUGUGUUUCAUACAUUUUCUUUUUCUUCUUUUGUUUUAAUUAAUUAAUUAUUUAUUUAUAAUGCCUCCCAAAUUUUCUGCUAAGCGUCCCAACCUCCCUCCCAAGUCGUUUCGAAAUAUCUAUAAAAACUCAAAUGCCUUCCAGGGCGAGGUAAGAAGGCCUGCGGAGGAAAAUGGUCUAAGUGAUCCCAUGUACUAUGUCAAUCGGAAAAAUGAAAUCGAUCGAAUCAUGGGUUUUGAUGCCUGUGAAGGAGGACCUCCUCGUGAAGCUUGGUUAAUAAACGUUCAUCCAACUGUUAUUGAGAGCCAAAAGCGCAACUCUACAUUAAGUGCUGUCGACUUUUACUUCAUUCAGGACGAUGGUGAAACAUUCCGUGUCACCAUUCCUUAUGCACCAUACUUCUACAUUGCAGCACGGGAAGGAAAAGUAGCAAGUGUAGAAGAGUGCAUGAAAAAAAAUUUUGCUGGACUUGUGAAGUCUACCUCACGGGAGUACAAGGAUGAUUUGAAAUUGAAAAACCACAUAGUUGGAUAUAAAAAACUAUAUAUAAAAUUAACAUUUGACAAUUUAACGGACCUUCAAUCAGUUCGACGUGCCAUUAUGUCUGCAGUAAAGUCAAAUAAUGUCAAGGAAGAAGCUUUCAAUACUUAUGCGCCUCUUAAUGACUCAAACGAUUUGUCUCUCGACAAUGCCUAUGAUGAUCCAAUGGACCACAUAACGGACUUUCGCGAAUUUGACGUGCCAUUUCAUGCUAGGACUCUGAUUGAUCUUGACAUUCGUGUGGGUAUGUGGUACACAGUAUCUUUUCGCGAAGGACAGGUACAAAUAGCCCAUCUUCCUACUCGUAUCGAGCGUGCUGAGCCAACAGUUAUGGCGUUUGAUAUUGAAACUACAAAGCUUCCUUUAAAAUUUCCAGAUAGCUCAUUUGACAAAAUUAUGAUGAUUUCUUAUAUGAUAGACGGCCAAGGUUUUUUGAUCACAAAUCGCGAAAUUGUUGGUGAGGAUAUUGAAGAUUUUCAUUAUACUCCCAAGCCUGAGUUUGAGGGACCUUUCAUUAUAUUUAAUGAGCAGGACGAGUUGAGCUUGUUACAGCGUUUUUUUAAACAUAUACGAUCCGUCAAGCCUACCAUCAUAGUUACCUAUAACGGUGAUUUUUUCGAUUGGCCCUUCGUUGAUGCUCGUACUACUUUUCAUGGUUUGAAUUUAGCAGAAGAAAUCGGUUUCAGCAGAGAUACAGAGGACGAAUACAAAUCAUCAUAUUGUAUUCACAUGGAUGCUUUUCGUUGGGUAAAAAGAGAUAGUUAUUUGCCGCAAGGAAGUCAAGGCUUGAAAUCCGUCACUGUAGCUAAGUUGGGUUAUAAUCCUAUCGAAUUGGAUCCCGAGUUGAUGACUAUCUAUGCUAGUGAGAAAGCUCAAACGUUGGCACAAUACUCAGUAUCAGAUGCUGUCGCGACUUAUUAUCUGUAUAUGAAAUAUGUACAUCCAUUCAUUUUUUCUCUCUGUAAUAUUAUUCCUCUCAAUCCAGAUGAAGUUUUGCGAAAAGGAACCGGUACGCUUUGUGAGACACUGCUUACUGUACAGGCGUCUACGAAAAAUAUAAUUUUACCUAAUAAGCACGUGGAGACACCUCAAAAAUUUUUUGAUGGACACAUGCUUACUAGUGAAACAUACGUUGGUGGUCAUGUUGAAAGUUUAGAAAGUGGUGUUUUUCGCAGUGAUAUUCCUACUCCCUUUGAUAUGGAUCCGACUGUCUAUCAAGAAUUGAUUUCCCAGCUAGAUAAAGCAUUACAAUUUUCAAUUGUAACCGAAAACAAAGUUGAAAUGGAUGAUAUAGAAGACUAUGAGGAGGUUAAGUCUCAAAUUCUGUCAAAGUUGUCCGAUUUACGGGAUAAACCAAAACGGUCCGAAAACCCUAAAAUUUACCAUCUGGAUGUUGCUUCUAUGUAUCCUAAUAUCAUGAUUACAAAUCGUUUGCAGCCUGAUUCUGUGAAGGAUGAAUCAUUUUGUGCUACAUGCGACUUCAACGUUCCAGAUAAAACGUGUGAUAGACGAAUGGUAUGGGCAUGGAGAGGUGAGUUUUACCCGCCCAAAAAGGAUGAGUAUCAUAUGAUCCUCUCUGCCUUACAGGUUGAAAGAUUCCCAGGUUUAACACCCUUUUCUCCAUCCAGAUCAUUUGACGAACUCUCACCUAUAGAAAGGGCUGAGAAGAUUCAAAAGCGUAUAGCUGACUAUAGUCGAAAGGUGUAUCACCGACUUCAUGAUAAUAAAGUCAUUGAACGAGAGACCAUCAUAUGUCAGAAGGAAAAUUCGUUUUAUAUUGAUACAGUUAAAGCGUUCAGAGAUCGUCGUUAUGAUUUUAAAGGCUUACAAAAAAAGUGGAACAAAGCCCUUUCGUCCAGAUCAAGUUCCGGCAGUCUUGCUGAAUUAGAAGAAGCUAAAAAAAUGGUGAUUUUGUAUGACUCUCUUCAACUUGCACACAAGGUUAUUUUGAAUUCUUUCUACGGUUAUGUAAUGAGAAAGGGAUCUCGUUGGUACUCAAUUGAAAUGGCAGGUAUUACUUGUUUGACAGGGGCUACUAUUAUUCAAAUGGCACGUCAAAUUGUUGAAAGAGCAGGACGUCCCUUAGAGUUAGAUACCGAUGGAAUCUGGUGUAUCUUGCCAGAAUCGUUUCCAGAGAAUUUUGAGUUUAAAAGAAAAUCUGGCGGAAAAGUUUUUAUCUCCUAUCCUUGUGUUAUGUUAAAUCACCUAGUUCAUGAAAAAUUUACCAAUCACCAAUAUUCACUGCUAAAAAAUCCGGAUACCUUGGAAUAUGAAACUACCAGUGAAAAUAGUAUUUUUUUUGAAGUCGAUGGACCUUAUAGGGCUAUGAUUUUACCGGCUUCUAAAGAAGAAGGUAAAAAUUUGAAGAAACGUUACGCUGUUUUCAAUUUUGAUGGAAGUCUAGCUGAGCUUAAGGGUUUUGAAGUCAAGCGAAGAGGCGAGUUAAAACUCAUCAAGGAUUUCCAAUCGCAAAUCUUUAAAAUCUUUUUAAACGGAAGAACUCUUGAAGAAUGCUAUAAACAAGUCGCACUAGUUGCAGAUACAUGGCUUGAAAUUCUUUUCACAAAAGGAAAAGACGUUACUGAUGGGGAGCUAUUUGAGCUGAUUUCAGAAAAUCGAAGCAUGUCGAAGUCACUUGCAGAAUACGGGUCACAAAAAUCCACAUCCAUAACCACAGCCAGACGUUUGGCGGAUUUUUUGGGCGAUCAGAUGGUUAAAGAUAAAGGUCUCGCUUGUAAGUUCAUUAUCUCUUCAAGUCCUAAAGGAAGGCCCGUUGCUGAGCGGGCUAUUCCAGUGGCCAUAUUUUCAGCUGAAGAAUCAGUUAAGCGACAUUUUCUGCAACUUUGGUUGAAAGAUAAUAGCCUAUACAAUAUUGAUAUUCGAGAUGUAUUAGAUUGGGACUAUUAUAUUGAACGUCUUGGUUCAGUAGUCCAAAAGUUAAUUACUAUUCCUGCAGCUUUACAAAAGAUCUCUAAUCCAGUACCUCGAAUACCAUUACCUGACUGGUUGCUUAAACAAAUUGCAUCGCUGAAUUCAGGUUAUAAGCAGAAAAAAAUUGAUGCAAUAUUUAGCGUUGCUCCUCCACCUUCUUCAGCUCAAGUUAAUGAUAUCGAAGAUUUUGGAUCCCAAGGUAAGAGCUUAGUGCCGACUAUCGCUCGCGUAUCUAAAAGAAAAUCAGCUCAACCAUCCGGAAAUGAGAUCCAAGUUACUUUUAACGAAAAACCCGUAUCGAUUUCUGAAGGAUAUAGUGCAUGGUUAAAAUACCUGAAAAAGAAAUGGAAAUACCAAAAACAAGUUCGUACUCGAAGACGACAUCUCGUAGGAUUCCAAUCUAGACAAUUUACGAAUGUUUUUAAAGCAUCCGCUGAAACCAUGUACCAAAAUUUAUGGCAUAUUGUGCAAUUGAGAAACACUGACAGUCCUGGAGUUUUGCUUGCGUGGGUAAUUAUAAACAAUCGGUUAACCUCAGUCCGUUUUAACAUUCAGAGAAAAUUUUUCAUUUGUUUUAAAGACAACAAUUUGCCGAACGUUGAAAUUGAAGACUGUAAGAUUGAAAAAAGUAAUGCUAUCCUUCCUCAUGGAAAUGUCUCCGACAAAUUAUUCACUUUGGAGAUACCGGAGAAAACUUACUUGAAUGAAAACAACGCUAUAUCGAUGAUUUUUGCACACCCUUCAGUGGAAGGUACAUACGAAACCAAGAUAAAGCCUAUCGAGCGUGGAAUCCUGCACGUUGGAUGCCACAGACGAUUUAACAAUACACUUUCGGGGGCUCUCGGAAGAGCAUUUGAAACAGGCUUCGAACCUGAAAUGUUCGUGCACCCUUAUGAAAGUGAUGCUGAUUAUCUCGAGGGUGUUGAGAUGAACUACAUAUAUGCAUUCCAUAUUUCAUUGAACCAAAGAUUUGUACUAUGUCUAUUUCUACCUCAUUUAGCCAAAGCCGAAAUUAUCGUUUAUGACAGUCUUUCUGGAGAUGAUACCUCUUUCCCUCAAAUCGAAGAUCUGUAUCAUGAAUUGCGGCAAAAGUAUAAUGACAUGCUUAAAAUGUCAGUUAUAGACUAUCCUGAAAGUAUCACCUUUUCGGUUUCCUAUAGCAAAAACGAAAAGAAAGCAUACAAGUUAAUUGACGAAAGAAUACUUCAGUAUCUUUCUGCGAAAACCAAGAACAGUUUGCUAGUCAUUGAAAGUACCUCUCCAGAGAGGCUUAAAGCGAAUCUUAAGCAAUUAGAGGAAUUGCCUUAUACGAUAAUUAGUCGCCGAGAAGCAGCAAUCCAAUCUCUAUCCUGGAAGCAAUACGUUUCCAAAAAAAUGAUCCAACAUUUUCUAGCUGUGGGUGCUUGGAUAAAUCAUCGAAUCCAACUUUCAAGAUAUGCGGACAUUCCACUCUGCAAUUUCGAAAGUGACGAGCUACAAUAUGUCAUUGAUUUGCUAUAUGCAAGAAAACUUAAGGAACAAAAUAUAAUUCUUUGGUGGAACAAGGGUCCAAUGCCAGAUUUGGGUGGUUUAGAAAAGGAUGAUGUAUUGCAUGUAGCUAGUCCCAACGAUUCUCUUGAGAUUAAUCGAUCGGGUGCCUAUUCAAAUGCUUGCGUGGAUGUAUCCUUCUCUAAUUUAGCUGUUUGCAGUAUCCUUAACUCAGCCUUAAUCAAUGAGAUAGAAGGUGCAAGUGAUUUGGCUGCCUUGAAUGAUGGCUUUACCGCAAACGUAACGGAUGAUUUAGAAGCUCGCUUAGGAAUGUAUGAUUCAGUUGGCUUAGCACAUUCCCUUCCUGUACUUAAAGAACUUAUAAAAAAUUGGUGGCAGGAAGCUGCAAGUGGAAACACACUAGCUGAUCUAAUGAUUCAGCAUCUGGCCAGGUGGAUUUAUUCAUCAAAGUCGUACUUAUAUAGUCCAUUGUUGGUCAGCCAUAUACAAGUUGUCAUGAAGAAGACGUUCUUACAACUACUUGCAGAAAUAAAAAGACUUGGAGCUCAAAUCAUAUACGCUACUACCAAUAGAAUCCUAAUAGGAACGUCCAAGACCACGGUUCAGAAUGCUAUAUCUUAUACGAAGUAUAUCUUAAAGUCGCUCAAAACUCUUCCCUUGUUUCACUUUUUGGACCUAAAUAUUCAAGAAUAUUGGGAUUAUUUAUUAUGGAUGGAUCCAGUAAAUUAUGGUGGAAAAAUGAUUUUGCCAGAAACUUUAGCAAUUAGUCCACUACGAGAACCAGAAACGGUUGUGUCAUGGCAUAUCAAAAGUCAUUUACCUGCUCUUGUCCAACCUGAGUUUCAGAAUUGGGUAGUUGAAUUUAUUGAGGAAGUCUACAAGCAGAAAUAUCUGAAACAAAAUGGAAAAAGUGCGAAUAUGCGAGUGCGCGAUAAUGUUUCUGAAGCCGAAGCAGAACUCCAAACUCUGGGAGCCGGGAUCCUUAGUGAAAAGAUGAUACAUCCAUUAAAAAGACAAAUUGUUGCAUUACAAAGAAGAUUCCAAGAGUUUGCUUUGAAUGACGAAGUUAUAGAAACUUCUCAAUUCCCAAAACUUCCAGGUUCAUUUAAAAAGUUUUCCAAUGUCACACUGGAGUUUAUAAAAAUGCUGUGUGCUGUUUACGGUUUAGCUGAAAAUUUAAGCUUGGAGACUCAAUUAUUAAGGAAAGAUUUGUUAUCUGUGCUGCAAGUACGUGAAUUUUCUACCAUUGCUCAAUUUGAGUAUCCAAGCCAAAAACUCAGAUUAGAGCAGAUUUCCUGUCAGCAGUGUGGUAUGGGUCAUGAUUUUGAUCUUUGUCUUCAUGAGCAAUUAUGGCCUGAGCGUAAUGAGUCUGGAAGUUUAAGCUUUCCAACAGGUUGGACUUGUCAGGGUUGCAAUUCACCUUUUGAUCGAUGGGUAUUUGAAGAAACCUUAAUUGACAAUAUUCACCAUCAGCUCGUUUUGUACCAAGUCCAAGAUUUAACUUGCUCAAAAUGUAAACGUGUAAAGGAAUGGAGUCUCAAAGAACGUUGCAUAUGCGGCGGAGAAUGGGUAUUAGGAUUAUCACCGAUGAAAUUUCGGGAAACACUGAAAGUUUAUGAAGCAGUCGCUGACUUUUACGAAUUUACAAUUCUACGAGCGACAGCAGGAUCAAUAGCUGCCAUGCUGUGAUGUUAAAUAUCCCUUUUGUACUUUAUAUUUGGAUUAUGGAUCCAUAAUAAAAUGUAAGCGCCGGUCGCUUUAUUGAGUUUUUUUUUUUUUUUGUAGAGUAAACUUCA